UUAGCAAAAUGGCAGCACUAUAUUUCCCUACUUGUUAUCACUUUUUGUAAUUAAAUUAGCGAAGCAAAUCGACAAGUGAAAAUUUUAUAAUUUCGCCAAUUUACAAGCUAUUGCAGGCAACAAAAGCGAAAAAAUAUUUUAAUUGAUCUUUAUAUUUUGUGGUAAAGUUAUCACUCAUACAUUCCAAUGCAUUUAGGUGCAGACAUAUCUAGUGCUCUUCAGCAGAUCGAGGCCGUGAAGAAGGGCAUCGAUGAAUCUGAGGAUGCAAAGCUGCAAAUGCAGACGGCAGAGAGCCUCAAGACUAUUUUGGAUAUUUUACAAGAUCCCGUAUUUCGCACCAUAGUACAUGUGCAGGAUUCGCUAUCUGAAUUGAACGCUCAAUUGGCGCAACACCCAUCAAUGCUUCCCAAUGACUUCGAUAUCGAUGUGGCUGGCAACUUGGUGUUGAGCAUCAACGGUGGCGAUGUUAUGUAUGAUUUCUCAUCAGCACCGCUUUCUCCACAUUCUGGACCAAGCAGCCCAGGAAGUGGACAAUUGACACCGGCGGGGUUAGCGUGCGCAAUCGAAUCGGAUGAUCAAGGUCGUCCGCAGUCGCAAAACUCUAAAAUUGCAGGCGAUCUCUUUGCUGCCGAUUAUGCGCAGAUACAAGCAAUAGAGUUAGUUAAUGACGGCACCGGACUAGGUUUUGGCAUCAUUGGAGCGCGGACUUCUGGUGUGACGGUAAAGACAAUUUUGCCUGGUGGCGUCGCCGAUCGUGACGGACGUUUGCGUUCAGGCGAUCACAUUUUGCAAAUUGGCGAUGUAAAUUUGCAUGAUAUGGUAUCAGAACAAGUGGCAGCAGUGCUGCGGCAAUCGGGUACGCACGUGCGUCUCGUAGUGGCGCGUCCAAUGGAGCAGUCUUCGCCAGGACAAUUUUCACUUGAACCUGGAAGUGCAAUUGUACCAACGCGAGUACUUGUCGACCCAGUUGAAUUGGAACGUUACUUAAUCUCUACUGGUUAUCCGGAGAUAUUUGGUGAAAGCUCUACAGCUUCCACGCCACAAACUACCACAGAAGAUGAUCGUUUUAUCUACCGGUCGGACGACAUUUCAAAGCGUCCACCAAUGGCCGUUCCUACUAUAGAUUUUGAAGAAUUAUUGGCAUUACCCGAAACGGAAAAACUGCAAGUAGAGUUGACCAAGGAUGCUAAUGGACUUGGUAUCACCAUAGCUGGAUAUGUAUGCGAAAAGGAGGAACUUUCAGGCAUCUUUGUUAAAAGCGUAUCGCCAGGUUCGGCAGCGGACAUGAGCGGCCGUAUACGCGUUAACGAUCGGAUUAUAGAGGUGGACGGUCAAUCGUUGCAAGGAUUCUCAAAUCAUCAGGCGGUUGAAUUACUUAAGAAAUCGGGUCAAGUAGUUAAUCUGCGACUGGAGCGUUACUUACGUGGUCCCAAGUACGAACAAUUGCAGCAGGCCAUUGCUGCCAAUGACAAGAUACCGAGUAUGCCGUCGACACCAUCGAGAGUCAAUUUGCCUUCGCCAAUAGCACCUGUUACUUCGCAACGCUCUGCAGCAAUCGCCAAAUCGUUGGCUUCAGCCCACGCCAUGGAGGAUCUCCGCGAUGCGCCUUUGGAUGGCAUAACCAAUUUGCCACCAGAUAUGGCGCCAGAUACAUUUAUGGGCGUCACUUCGGCGUCCUCGUCUGUGCAAACCACCACUUUGAGUAGUUUUGGUUCAGGCAAAAAAAUGAUAGCAGUGCGCGACUCCAUUGAUGGUACUCCUAAAAUUAUUCCAACCGACGUAUCUAUCGGUUCGGUUGGCAAUUCGGAGAGUGAGUUUGCUGGGGCCGAGGAACCACUGCACGCUAAGAAUACAGGUUUGAUUUCACGUCACAAAUACUACACCGAUCCAAUACUAGCGCCAGAUGUCGAGCAAGAGAUUAUACGCAAGUGGAAAAAAAUUGUUGGUACCGAUGUUGAUGUUAUAGUCGCUCAAAUUAAGAAGUUUGCUGUCGGUGGUUUGGGCAUAUCGCUUGAAGGCACUGUCGACGUUGAGGGUGGACGGGAAGUACGCCCUCAUCAUUAUAUUCGUUCAAUUUUGGCUGAUGGUCCCGUUGGCGUAAAUGGUGUACUUCGAUCUGGCGACGAGCUUUUGGAAGUGAAUGGCGAACGUUUGCUGGGCAUGAAUCAUUUGGAAGUAGUAGCUAUUCUGAAAGAGUUGCCCCAAGAUGUGCGCAUGGUUUGUGGACGCGGCAAGACUGCUAUAAUGCCGUUCUCAGAUGACACACUAAAAAAAUUAAGUAGCAAUUUUGAGAAUUUACUGCCGGCUUCAGAUCGAUUGGUGAAAGCCAAAUCCGAUGGCAGCUUGGCCACUGCGGGUUCGGUCAACGACGACUCGUUCAACAAGUUGAAGUCACGCUCGUUGGAGCCACUCACCGGAUUGGCAAUGUGGUCGUCCGAGCCGCAGAUUAUCGAACUGGUCAAGGGCGAUCGCGGUUUGGGCUUCUCCAUACUGGACUAUCAAGAUCCAUUAGAUCCAAACGAUACGCUAAUUGUUAUACGCUCGUUGGUACCUGGCGGGGUGGCACAAUUAGACGGUCGCCUUAUACCUGGUGAUCGUUUGCUUUUUGUCAAUUCAAUCAAUUUAGAAAAUGCAUCUUUGGAUCAAGCAGUUCAAGCUCUAAAGGGUGCGCCAAAAGGUGUAGUUCGCAUUGGUGUGGCCAAGCCUUUGCCAAUGACGGAUACCUCUUUAAAAAGUGCCAACGGCAAUAGCAAUGAAUCAAAAUGUGAAGACGCUUCCAUGGAUACGAGCGUAACGGGUGGUAGUGAAAACGUUUCCAUGCAGCUAAGCAAUGCAUCCACAACGAUUGUUGAGCCCGAUUUGAUAUCCGAUCGGAGGAAGUAGGUAAAAAAUAUAUAAGUGAAAUAAGAAAUGAAAAGAAACAACAGUCGCCGAAGAGCAAUCAAAAUUAAUUUCUUAUGUGCACCUAAUGUAUUCAUUGGAUAUAGCUAGAGUUAUUCACUUAGAAUAUAUGUACUUCGAUAUUAUAUUGUAUUACUCUAGCAAAAGAGGUACAUGAUGCAUUGACAACGUAUUGCGAUUAAUAGCAGUCGAGCAAAUUUAACGCAAGGAUUGAUUGAGGAACGGCGCUAGUUUGAUGUUCAUACUUAUCCUAAAUUGGCGGUUAUUCAAGUGUACUUAAAUUACAUGUAUUUAUCUUUUAUACAUUUUACUUGGCAAUAUUUAUAGUUAAAAAAAUCAUUUUUUACAUAAUCUGUUUUUAUUCAUUUAAUUGUA